UCUGAAAAUGUCUCUAACAAACCGCCAGUGUACAGUGGAGAUUCAGAACUUGACAUCCCGCUUCACGCUGUGUGAACCGUGCGCCUAUCUCAUCAGUGGGAACUGUGAGUCUCCUUUCUCUCCAUUUCUUGGUCCAUCUAUGUCUGGCACUGCACUCUUUAAAAAGACAGCCAACACAGCCUGUGGUUCAGUAGCGAUCCUCACCUUUGACAUCCUUGGCUCACCAAUUCAGGAGAAAGACCGGCUGGCUGUCAUGUUCUCGAAUCCCUACGACUUCACCUUCUACUCCAACUAUUAUGCCAUUGGACUAUUCAGCAAAGACAAGCAGUGUGACAAGGGUCUCUACGAUGAGAUGUACUACGGCGAGGAGGUCAACUUUGUCAGAGGGAAAGCCAGUGGGCCCAGUCUGACCUACAAAGCGGGCGAUUUGAUUAUCAGGGCCAGCAUGUCUGACAGCUAUCAGCCAAUCCUGAAGUUGGAUAUUUGUGACAUAUGAGACCAGCUGGAUCUCCUGGUCCAAUACCUCUUUAACAGCUCAACACCUUCCUAUUUGGCCAGUAGCUUCUCCUUUAAUAGAGUAACCCUCAUUAACUUUAUCUGCUUCUGCGUUAAUAGAGCAAUCUCUUUACCAGUUUAGAUAUUGUAAACUAGUUACCCAGCAGCAUGUGUUAUUUCAUCUGCAGUAAUUCUAGACUUCUUGGUUGAAAAACACAACAUAUGUUCAUACAUUUUGAUAAAUAGUCUACUACAACAUUUUCCUAAGUGGGAGAGAAAAAAAAACAUUAAAUAUUCCUCUGAAUCUUUAAAAGUCCCAACUGAUCCAGUCUUCCUGUGAACUCCACCAGGUAGUUCUUAAUUCUAUAAAAAAAAAAAAAAUACUGAUACUAAUCAGACAGCAUUACAAUAUGGGGCAGGGAUAUAUUGGUUAGGUUUUUGGAUGAUUUAAACAUCAGCACCGAUGUGCACAGAUCAGAUUCACAACUGAAAGAGUUG